AGGAGGCGGCAGCGGCAGCGGCGGCGGCGGGGCCCGGGAGGGGGGCGGCGUGGGGGGCCGGCGCGUAGCCGGGACGAUGGAGGGGCAGAGCGGCCGCUGCAAGAUCGUGGUGGUAGGGGACGCAGAGUGCGGCAAGACGGCGCUGCUGCAGGUGUUCGCCAAGGACGCCUAUCCUGGGAGUUAUGUCCCUACUGUGUUUGAGAACUACACUGCAAGCUUCGAGAUCGACAAGCGCCGCAUUGAGCUCAACAUGUGGGAUACUUCAGGUUCCUCUUACUAUGAUAAUGUCCGGCCUCUGGCCUAUCCUGAUUCUGAUGCUGUACUCAUCUGCUUUGACAUUAGCCGGCCAGAGACACUGGAUAAUGUUCUCAAAAAGUGGCAGGGGGAGACUCAGGAGUUUUGCCCGAAUGCCAAGGUUGUGCUGGUUGGCUGUAAACUGGACAUGCGAACUGACCUGGCCACACUGAGGGAGCUAUCCAAGCAGAGGCUUAUCCCUGUUACACACGAGCAGGGCACGGUGCUGGCCAAGCAGGUGGGAGCCGUCUCCUACGUUGAGUGUUCCUCCCGAUCUUCUGAGCGCAGCGUCAGGGAUGUCUUCCACGUGGCCACAGUGGCUUCUCUUGGCCGGGGCCAUAGGCAGCUGCGCCGUACUGACUCACGCCGGGGUCUGCAGCGAUCCACGCAGCUGUCAGGACGGCCAGACCGGGGCAAUGAGGGCGAGAUACACAAGGAUCGAGCCAAGAGCUGCAACCUCAUGUGAGAGGCUGCAGUGGUGCAGAGUGAAGAGGGGUUAUCGAGGGGCACAGUAGUUCUUCUGUCCGCACCUGGGCUUCCUGACCUCCUGACCUUGGCUGGGAUGUGAGGAAAGGCAGAUGGAGCAAGUCUUCUGGUCCGAGGAGCUGGAGGGCAGAGGGAUGUCACCAUCCUCCGGGUCCUCAUCCCCUCCUUGCCUCUGGGAUGUGAGGGGAUUAACAGGUGGGCAUCUGGGGCAUGAACUUGAAUGGGGCAGGUGGGCAUUUAGGGAAGCCAGCAUCAAGCAAUGACCUUGUGAAGCCUUGUGUAGAAAGAAUACCUUCUCUUCCCACCCCAGGUUCCCAAAUCCUGGUCCUGGCUUCCUUUCCUAAGCAAAAAUGUCAAUUCUGUAACUUUCUCUUUUCUUUACCUCUCAUGUCUACAGCUGUUCUCACACAUUCUAACCUCCGGGCAAGAUUCACUAAAUUUUAAAGCAAGGGGAAGCCCCUCCCCCACACCACCAGCCCCCCUCCCCCCCAACCUCCUUUCCCUCAACACUCCCCAAAUAAAGCCCAUGUCCAUGGAAAACGGCUGUGGCUUUAGUUUUGUUGCUUUUUUUUUUUUUUUUCAAAAACCCAUUUACUAGUUCUCUUGCAGCAAGACAAGUUAAUCCUCAAGGGGAGACUUCCCUGUCCUUGUCCAUAGAUGGAGCAGAGGGAAGAAUGAUGUGCUGGAGCCGUCCUUUUAGGAGCCAGAGGAGGGGGGAUGGGUUAUGUAAAGACUCUUCAUUCAUUCAUAAAGGGGAACAGUCCUCAUGCCAUUGGAGGGCCUUGGAGGAGACUGAUGUCUAGACAAUUGUUCACCAUCACUCAGCCCAGCUGGGAACCCUUCUAGCAGGAGAGGGGUUUUGCUGACAUGGUAGGCCCCUUAGGGGGCUAGGGCAUUACCCAGCAAAACUGUAUAGGGUGGAGUUUCCCAACUCUGGAGCUCCCAGGGGCGAAGGCAGAGGCUCUCUCUUUUCCACCCUGAACAACUUGAUCAUUUGAGGGAGAAUUUCUGUUGUGAGUUUAGGGGCUCCUUCCCAUCCCAUGCCCUGGCGAAGGAAAGCCGGUGGAAGGGAUGGCCAAAGCACUUGUUGUCAGAAAGGACAGUACUGGUCUGUUUUCUUGGGAGUCUGGUUUCAGAUUGUCCUGUAUUCCCUCCUUGGCUCUGGUCCCACUGGCCUCUUUUCGGUGACAUUCUCCCCCAGGAACCAUCCCUGGCCUUCCCCUCCCCCUACCCGAGCCCCAACCCCUUCUCCCAGACUCACUGGGAGAGCACAGAUCUUUCCUUACCCUCUUCUGGGACCCUACUGUAAUUCACACUGCAUCUCUCCUUGUGCAUUCAGCAAAUACAAAGUGGACCAAUUGUGCCACCCACUAAUAUGGGAGACUGAAAGGACCAGUCUCUGAGCAUCUAGGGGCUAGCCCAGUGGAAGAGAGGUAACCCUGGUGUGACGGUGGCUUGACAUCCCUAUGGCAAGGGAAGCUAGUCCUCUAAGCCAGGUCCUGAAGGUUGAAGAGGAGUUUGCUAAGAAGGGGGUAGGUUAGAAAGGCAUUGUGGGUAGAGAGGCAGGCAGGUGUAUAAAGGGGGUGAGGAUGAGCACAGGUGGGGCUCCCAGGGUAGGGAGAGCCAAAGACAAUGCUGAUAAAGCACAUGGAGGCCGCAUCAGGGCUCAGAAGGGAACAAGGACUUCAUUGGAGGAUGUGAGGAGCACUCAAGCAGAGUGUAGACGUCAGACUUGGGUUUGGGGCCAGCAUUUCUGGAGAGAUGGUGGG